CAGACUUCACAAGCGACUCAAAUGGGUCGGUUAGCUCCAUUCGUAAAGAAUCGCUUAGAAUGGAUGGAUAUCCAGGAGCAAAGACACAAUGGACAUAGUCUGCGCGACCGGGCCACCAACGGCAAUGGGCUCGACAUUUCGACAUCGCUCACACCUCAGAUCUUGCCCAAAUAUGACUGGGUGCCUAGUGGUCUUUCGAAAAGGCUGGGAUUAUCUGUCACCAAGUUCUACUCGGACCAGCAGCAAUCUUUAUUACUUUCCAGGCUACCCAAGGAGAUCCGGAUAUCGAUUUGGGGCUAUGUAGUUGGUGGCUACGACGUGACCAUUGUAAGAAAGAUAAACAAGCUGUCGCAUGCGAUUUUACCAAUGGAUACGGAAAGGGUCAAUAAAGCGGAGCUGGUGCCAACUCGAAAAUCAUGGAUAGGACCAAUAGGUUACGAGAAGCGAUACAAGGCUACCGAGACAAUGUCUGAGCUCGACAUGCUACCCCUUCUCCAAACCUGCAAGCAAAUUUAUCUCGAGGCUUUACACAUCUUGUACAGCCAAAACUCCUUCAAAUUCCACACAAUGGAGGCCUUCUACCGGUUUCUCCUGCUCUCACCUCACGACGGCCUUCAAUCGAUCCGAUAUCUUACGAUCCAGUGGCCAGGCUUUGCUUACUGGGCGGUAUACCAAGACGAGGAUACGGGAGAGCCCUUACACGAGCAUGAUCAAAGCUGGCAGGAGAUCUGUGAUGCGAUUGCUGCCAUGGAUAACUUGAAAUCCCUGUCAAUCGUUGUGCCGUUGGGAAUCAACAACAGCUUCCGGAGAGGGAGAGUGAAGAAGCACGAUGUCAUAACCAGAAUAAGCCUACCGCUUGCUGCUCUGCCAGAGCACGUCGACUUCACGUUUGCCAUUCCCGAAGGCCAUAUCCGCCCGCACUCGCAGGCUUUGCUGUCCGAGCGAGGAUGCCGGAAUCUGCGCCUCGUUGGCUUGGAUUCUCCUGUUGGAUUUGGACACAACGACGAUGACUCGGACUGA